AUGUACUCGCGAAGGGGCAAAGGUGGCAAAAGCGGAGGGAAGGCUUGGAAGAGUCCCAAGAGACAGGUUCAAGCACAAGCAGUGCCAAAUACUGUCGGAGUCUUUUUGGGCGAUGUGAAAUAUUUCAUCGAGGAUGUUCUCAAGAUGUCCCUUCCAACAGGUGUGCACCACCUCUUGGAAAUAGCUCUUGAUCCACUGCAGGAGCCUGGCACAAUCCUAAAUGGAAGGCAGCAGCCGUCGAAAGGCUUGGACGCCGACGCCGAGAAGUUCUUCAAGCUAUUACGGCCGUGCCCUUUUGUUUUCGUGGCCAGGUCGGACUCCGGUGAGGAUCAUCGUGAGAUGCUUCGCCUCUUCAGACAUCUGGAAAGCCUCACAUUCCAUGCUGCAUGCAGCAUCGAAGUCUUUGAAUUUGCUGGUGCGGAGCCAUGGGAGGCAUGGCCGUAUAUUUUCGCGCAUGUCAUCCCAGCAUAUGUUCAAAACCUUGAUCCUGCGUGGUUUGCACCACCAGACCAAUGCGUACUGAGCGACAAAAACCCGCGCAGGCCACCCCCAUCUUCUUCGUUCUGCCCGGUCCAAAGCAUCAGAGUAGUGCCUGUCUGGAGCUGCAGCAGUGGCACUUACAUCUUCCUCGUGAGGCCUCCGGACAGCCAUGGACAUGGUAUUUGGACCACCGUCGGGGGAGGCGUGAAACGAGGCCGCGGCGGCGAUCGAGAUCUCCAACAUGCCUCGCAGCGAGAGUGGGACGAGGAAGUGUUGGCCUGGCCUGCGGCAACUGCUUGGGAGCUAGGUGAGAAGGCCUUGCAAUGGGUGGUCUGGAAAGCCAAUUCGUGCGCCUGGCAGAACUGGAGCAACUGCAAGCCGCCGGAAGCCAGAGAGCGUAGUGAUGGGUGGACUUCCACCGUCUGGCAGUUCGUGUUGGCUUCGUCAUCGUUUCUCGAAGACACGGUUGCACAAGGCAGAUCGUGCAAAGUUGUCCCGGAUGAUUUCGAGGUGGUGAGAAAGGGUGACCCUCAAGAGCAUCUCGUCCGACAUCACACAGAAGGCCUGCCUUAUGUGGAGUUAGAAGCCGGGGCAUGGUUCCGGCUAGACCUGGAAACAGGCACUUUGCAUGCUCCUUUCCCAGGGGCGGAGGUGCGUGGGGACCUCGGGCACGACCUACUGAAGUCAAAGGAGUCCCCAGCACUGCGGGAGCAGCUUAGACGCAAACUUUCCGAAUGGGACGCAGCCAACCCGGAGGGAGGCCGUGUAUUACAAUGCCCACAUCUUGCAUGCAUCAGUCCGGAGGGCAUGCGCAACAAGCUGGAUAUAUACCGGGCCAACUUUGAGAGCCUUCAGCUAUCAUCGGAAGAAAGCACAGCCCGUUUGAUCCGAUGUGUCAGCACUGGCCUCGGAGCUGAUGUGUACCACCAGUUCUAUGCAGAAGAAAUACAAGCACUGUUGGAACGGCGCGCAGAUCCAACAGUGACAGUGGGCCUUUCAAGCCAAGCAACGUCGGUGUUAGAUGCCGUUGUGAAGAACGACAACUUGCGAACAUCCGUUAGAGAGCGGACCGAAGAAUUUCUGCGGCGUGCACUGCAGUGCUAUUCUGACAUGGUUGGCAGCGCACCAAGCUGCAUCGGAUCCAUCCGCAGCCUGGAGUUGCUUGGACCUGCAAAGAUGAUCGAAAGAGAGGCCGCCGUCAAAGGCUUGGUCGCGGCAGCGCUCGCCGUUGUCCGGCGUUAUCGUCACGCUUUGACGAUGACUCCAGCAGUGUUUCUCUAUGAACGCCGUGACAUCGGAUGCACCACGGCUCACGAGGUGGAGCAAGUCAGUAGCGAUAGCCUUUGCGAGCGGGUACAGCAUCGUGGACGCUUGCGAAGCAUGGGUGGCGAGUUCUUCCUUCGACUGCGCAAAGAUCACAAGAUCGAGCAGAAGACUUGGGAAGAGGCUCUGCGUCGUGUGGUGGACACCAUAGGGGGCACUGCCGAUACAGAUCACCGUUUUGACGGGCCAGAAUAUGCUUUCGAGUUUGAGGACCCCGUUGAAAAGUGGGGAGGGGAUCCACCGAGGCCCAAGACCUUCCGCUUGGCAUGGCAGUGGGGGCCGAAGGCGAUCCAAUCCGAGCUGGGCGGGCGGCACCGCAGUGACUGGAGCACGGUGGCGAAAGUGUGCAAGAUGCUUUGUGAUCACUUUCCUGGCCAGCUCGCUCUUGUAGUGUGUGACGGUAUGAGCGGAUAUGAGGAUGUGGACAUGUUCUACGAUGGGACAACCAAGGCCUUUCGGAAGCUGGAUUACAGCCGCUGGCCUUGGGCGACGCAGAUGCGCGAGACUGCACAUGAAAAGACACAGCUCGUGAUCAUCUGUGCAUCCUGCCACUGCGAGAAGGAUGGCACCGACCAGGGACUCGUCUCCAACCAUGCCUACUCAGUGCUAGGUGUUUGCCACGUUCACAACUACUACGAAGAUGCCAGUCAAAUGGAAGAGGACAAAAGCUUCCGACAGGUCCUUGUACAUCUACGGAAUCCCUGGGGUUGGCAAGUGUGGAGGGGCAAGUGGUCCAAUGUGGAUGCUUGGCAUGAAUUGAGAAGGUUUAGGGUUUAG